AUGAAGCUUUUCUCUACCAUCGCUCUCGCCCUCAUACCCUCUUAUGCGCUUGCCGUUUCCGUAGGUUGGGAUUCUGGCUAUGGCGCCGGCGACAAUUCGCUGAACAACGUCGCCUGUUCUAAUGGCGAAAACGGCCUCGAGUCCAAGGGCUACACCACAUAUGGCACCCUUCCCAACUUCCCCUACAUCGCAUCGUCCGAUGUGGUUGAUGGAAUGGAACAGAAUAUCACCGUGUUGACCAUUGAUCGUGCUGUUUCCGGUAUUUUCACGUCAGAGGCGGCGUUGAAUGAUCUGACCAACGGUCAGGCGGCACUCGGAAGCGUGGAGGCUAACGCGACCCAAGUUGACGCGUCUGCUUGUGGUUUGUGA